UUGAGACUCUUCAUUAAUGUUAAAUUCUCCAAUUUUACUCGUUCUCUCUCUCUCUCUCUCUCUCUCUCUCUCUAUCUUACUCUGUCUAUAUCUCUCUGCUCUGUCGCUUCACUUUCUCUUCGCUUCGUACGAUUCAAUCAGCGAAGAAGACGAAGAAGAAGAAGAAUGGCAAAAGAGAGAGACCAAAACACUAAGGACAAAAACCUCCUCAUCUCUUUCUUAUGGAACUUCUCAGCCGAGCUCAAACUCGCUUUAAUGGCGUUACUCGUCCUCUGCACAUUAGCCACCCUCCUCCCUUUCAUCCCUUCUUCUUUCUCCAUCUCCGCCUCCGAACUCCGUUUCUGCAUCUCACGCAUCUCCGCCGUCAACUCCACCGUCAACACCACCACCACCACCUUAGAUAACGUCGUUACAAAACAGCCGUUAACUGAAAAAGACACGGAGUUAAAUAACGGCGUUAUUAAACGGACGUUUACUGGUUACGGCUGGGCAGCUUAUAACUUCGUGUUGAUGAACGCUUACAGAGGCGGCGUUAACACGUUCGCCGUUAUCGGUUUAUCGUCUAAACCGCUUCACGUCUACGCUCGUCCAACUUACCGAUGCGAAUGGGUUCCGCUAAACCAAUCCGAUAACCGGAUUUUAACCGACGGUACUAAAAUCUUAACCGAUUGGGGUUACGGUAGGGUUUACACAACCGUCGUCGUGAACUGUACUUUUCCAUCAACCACCGUGAUAAACCCUAGAAACACCGGAGGCACUCUUCUCCUCCACGCAACCACCGGAGAUACAGAUCGGAACAUCACCGAUUCAAUCCCCGUCCUCGUCGAAGCUCCGAACACCGUCGAUCUUGCUCUCUACGACUCUAACCGUAAAGCAAAGUACGAUUACCUCUACUGCGGCUCGUCUCUGUACGGGAACUUAAGCCCGCAACGAAUCAGAGAAUGGGUCGCUUACCAUGUUAGAUUCUUCGGGGAAAGAUCUCAUUUUGUGCUUCACGACGCCGGAGGGAUCUCGGAGGAAGUGUUUGAGGUGUUGAAGCCAUGGAUUGAGUUAGGGAGAGUGACGGUACAUGAUAUAAGAGAGCAAGAACGGUUCGAUGGGUAUUAUCAUAACCAGUUUAUGGUUGUGAAUGAUUGUUUGCAUCGGUAUAGGUUCAUGGCCAAGUGGGUGUUUUUUUUCGAUGUUGAUGAGUUUGUUUAUGUUCCGGCCAAAGAGACGAUCUCGUCGGUGAUGGAAUCUUUGAAAGGAUAUUCUCAGUUUACUAUUGAACAGAUGCCUAUGAGUAGUCAGCUUUGUUACGACGGUGAUGGUCCGGCCAGAACUUACAGGAAAUGGGGGUUUGAGAAAUUGGCGUAUAGAGACGUGAAGAAAGUACCAAGACGGGACAGGAAAUACGCGGUUCAGCCGCGUAAUGUAUUUGCGACUGGAGUUCACAUGUCUCAGAAUCUACAAGGGAAGACAUACCACAGAGCGGAAAAGCAAAUCCGGUAUUUUCACUACCAUGGCUCAAUCUCGCAGCGACGUGAGCCUUGCCGUCAUCUUUAUAAUGGUACCCGGAUUGUUCAUGAUAACAAUCCUUACGUUCUUGAUACCACAAUGCGCGAUAUUGGUCUUGCGGUCAAGACGUUUGAGGUCAGGACGAUUGGAGAUCGCUUGCUUAGGACAAGGCAAUGAAUACAACAAGAGAAGAUAUGUUUUCAUUAUAUAACGUAAAUCUUGAGAAUAUAUUUAGGCGAAUGUAACAAUUUUUAUGACUUUUUCUUUUUUUAGUAUAUUCUUUUAUUGUAUUAUAAAAUGGGUUCAUAGAAUCAUAGAGUUCAUCAUUACAGCUCAGACUCUUGGUACAUAAGCAUCUCUUUUGAUGGGCUUAAUAUAGUAUUUUUUGUUAUUUGUAUUUGAAAAAGGUGACCUCUUUAUUUAUACUAUAGAGUAGUGAAAGUUGUUGUGGUCUCCAA